CGAAGUUCGUGAUUGAAAAUGAUCAAAACUUCCCUCUAGGUUUGGUGAGCUGAAUCUUUGUGCUCCCAUGUGCAAGAAAUUGAAGGCUCUCUUUGGCUCAGACACAUCCCGUAUGCCUGUCAUCUCCCUGUAAUCUGAAUUUAGCGAUCUCAUCAAGGCGGGCGACUUAAACACACUUAAGGAGAUGUCGAGUAUACUUGGUGAAAUCUGUCACUUGUUUUGCUGCCCUCCGCGUCCGUCCCACAUAGUCGCGAAGCUUGCAUUUCUUCCACCUCCUCCAACAUAUUCGAUCAUUUCGUGCGCCAACGAUUCCACCUGCCACAUUGAAUUCAAACCGGAGGCUGGAUGGCACUUACCAGAGGACGCUACUUCAAAACUAACGGUUUUUUACACGAUGACUCGUCGGCAGUCCAGAAUAGCCUGUAUGUAUAUUCCGGCGAAUUCGUGCUGUUCCGCGGUGCCAUCGGCCAACCUGUCAUCCAACUUCUCAUCUCGCCGUGGCGCUUCUCCCUCCCGAAUCUAUUCGAAAUUCCCUCAAGCCAUGAGCGCAAGUUGUCCCACUCUGACUGACGAAAGUGCACUGACCGGUGCGGCGGCAUUGGCGUCUACCGGAGGUGAUACAGUCAACAAAACCCCGUAUACCGUGCUGUUCAGCCAUGGGAAUGCGGUCGAUAUUGGUCAGAUGGCAGGAUUUCUGCAGUCCUUAGCUCAUCGCUUUGGGGUGAAUGUGAUAUGUUAUGACUACUCAGGCUACGGCGUGAGUACCGGCCAACGGUUAGAAGAGAAUUUGUACGCGGAUGCGGAGGCCGUGCUGCGAGAGCUCCGUGAACGAUUCAAAGUGCCUCUGGAGCAAAUCGUACUGUAUGGUCAGAGUAUCGGAACCGCGCCGACGGUUGAGUUGGCGACAAAAUAUAAGGUCGCCGGAGUGGUGCUUCACUCUCCGUUUAUGUCUGGUUUGCGUGUCGUCUGUCCCGGAACCACCAGGCGGUUUUGUUUCGAUCCAUUCACAAAUAUUGAUAAAGUUUCGCGCAUUUUGUCACCGACGUUGAUAAUCCAUGGGACUGACGAUGAGAUUAUCGGAAUUCACCAUGGUCGUGAACUUUUCUCCCGUCUUCCAUAUCCUCUGGAGCCUGCAUGGGUCGAAGGAGCUGGACAUAAUGACAUUGAGCUAUUUGCAGAGUAUGCCGUUCGUUUAGACCGGUUCUUUAACGAAGAUCUUGUUGGUCCGAACGUCGAAGGAGGUUUCGGUGAUCAGCAGCUCAGUCCACCUGCGACAAUUGUUCAUCGUCCAAAGUCACGAGACCCUCCGGGUCCCACCGGCGUCCAUCGAUCUUUGGCACGUAAAGAGAGACUCAACCGUCACAAUCCCGCUGUGCGCAAAACUGAUUCUGUUUCCACGGAAGAUACUCUUGACACCUCAGACACGUCAGAGUCCGCGGAAAGCAUACGUGCCACUGCGACCGACCAUACGACUGCUACUUCGUGCUCUCCACCUACUGUAUCCGCGGACACUUCGGCGUCGAUGGAGGGAACCAAUACGGCAUCUUCUGCUUCCGUUACGUCUAAUCUAAAACCCCGCGUAUGGACCAUGCGCAGACCGUCUACCGCGACCACACAAAAUAGCCGGCGCAAAACAAUAUCGUCAGUUACAAGUACCAGUGUCAGUUCCACUACACAAACUCGCUCAUCUCUUCCAGGAGAUGCUUAUCCUCAGCCGCCCACCACUGAGUCUCCGGGACAUCAGAAUGGCUCUGAUCAUGAAGCUGUCGCGAAUUCUGGCAAUGAUUCAAAGGACUAGUCACGCAAACGGUACAGAGCAGUUGACGACCUGUUCAUCUUCGGAGAUUAUAUGUACUGCGGAACUCGUCCCUCACGUGAUUCCUUGUUGAUUCCACAACUUGUAUUGUUCUGCUGUCGUAAUGAACUUUGCAAAUCUUCGCUUGUUUUGACGGAUCACUCGUGACGUUCGCAGCGCCGAGGUGUAACUGAAUCGUAAUAAACGAUUGUAUAUUAUUGUACAGCAGUAUCCGAGGGAGUCUCCUAUUAUGGGCGAUCUCAAUUUGUCUCUUGCAAUAUUUCAUCGAUAACUUGCUCAGUGACUAUCUUUGAAAAGCCUCCUUAUGUAUCAUUACUUCGGUUUAUCACCCUGCGUAUGUGCCAAUGAUUUUGUUUAUCCCACGUCACUGGGCACCGUUUCGACCCUUUCCAGCUCUCUGUCGCUAAA